CCAAUCAAGAUGCAAUUGUGCGUGUUCAUUGGCAUAGAGCACUUGAGAGUUUCAGAAGGCACGUCGAGUUGCUCAAAAGCGGCAUGCCUCUAGCAACGAAACGGCAAAUAAAGAGGAAAGAAAGGAAAAACAAUUUGAGAAAAACUUCUUGUGCUAGUGAGGAGAAGCAGGAGCAAGAAAGGUGUAAACCCGAUUCGGCACGACCACGUCAAUCUGAACACGAACAAUCAGCGCAAACUGCACCUGAUGUCAACGUCAAUCCAGCAGAAAAAAGCCACGUCAUCGAGAAGACUGAAGAUGCUGACGCUGAUGCCGUUGAUCGUGAUGCUGAAAGCUGUGCAUCCUGCUCCGAAAUACAAGCUGCAGAGGAGAAUGACGACGAGAAUGAAGAGGAAAAGAAGGACUUAUGUGUCGACAUGCUCGAAAAAUUUCCAAGAAUAUCUAUCGACUGGCUGUUUCGUUGCAUCUUUGAGGAUCCCCCUAAACAGUCUGCUGGUCUAGAUUUACCAAUCGACGUCGCAUUGUUGGCUAAGGCGUUCUUGGAAUUGUUGCCUUUCGCUGAAACAGCAGAGCAAGAGAAAUUUGCUCCUCUGCAAACAGCUAUUGAAAACCGUUGGAACUUGCAGGAACGGCUGUCGCGCAAACCUCAAUUAGUCUCAGCUCUACCGAUUCUGCGUGUCGCAAUGCCACUGGAGUGCCAAGAGCCGUGGGCUAAUUCUGUGGCGCGGUGCUUACCCCAACGGAAAGCAUUGGGACUGUUGGAGGUGUACGAGAACUACGAAG